AUAAAAGAGAAGAAGAAGAGAAAAACAGACAAGGAAACAGCAACAACAAGAACAAGUGAAGCAGAAGUAAAGCAGAUAGAGACACGAACACAGCAGUGUCUUCUGCCUCUCUUUCUCUCUGUUCCUUUACCUGCUCCUCGUCCUCGUCCUCCCCCACCACCACCACCUCCACCACCACCUCCACCACCACCAACACCAACACCACCAACAACAACAGCAGCAGCAGCAGCAACAAAAUCCAACUCUCAAAUUCAAGAAAGAGAAGAAAGAGGAGGACGAAAAGGGAAAGAAAUAAGACCAGCAAAUGGGAAUUUUAUAUGAUGACGAUGUAGUGGUAAUUAGACAAUCAGAGAAAGAAGGAGACCCUACUGUUAUCACUGUGAAUUGUCCUGACAAGACUGGUCUUGGUUGUGAUUUAUGCCGUAUCAUUCUCUUCUUUGGUCUCAGCAUUGUUAGAGGAGAUGUGUCUACGGAUGGAAAAUGGUGCUACUUAGUGUUUUGGGUGGUUGGCAAAUCAACAACAAGGUGGGGUUUAUUGAAGAAGAGACUAGUAGAGGCAUGUCCUUCAUGUUCCUCAGCUUCUGGGUUGUCUUUUUACCGUUCAGAAUUGCAGCCUCCAAGACCACCUGAUGUUUUUCUGUUGAAGUUAUCUUGUCAAGACAGAAGAGGGCUUUUACAUGAUGUGACCAGUGUGCUUUGUGAGCUUGAACUCACUAUAAAAAAAGUGAAGGUAUCCACGACACCAGAUGGGAGAGUGAUCGACCUAUUCUUCAUUACAGACAACAGGGAGCUCCUGCAUACAAAUAAGAGAAAGGAGGAUACAUGUGAUCACUUAAAAGCUGUUACGGGAAAUUCCAUGAUAAGCUGUGACAUAGAAAUUGUUGGCCCUGAAAUUACUGCAUGUUCAGCGGAAUCUUCAUUUCUUCCAACUGCAAUCACAGAAAACAUUCUCCCCUUGGAAAUGCCAGAUGAACUCCCUAGUUCACUAACUUCCACCAGUGUUUCUGUCAAUAUGGACAACUCGCUGAGUCCAGGUCACACCCUUGUCCAAAUUGUGUGCCAAGAUCACAAAGGUCUUCUUUAUGACAUAAUGAGGACUCUAAAGGAUUAUAAUAUACAGAUUUCAUAUGGGCGCUUUUCCAUGAAUCACGGAAGGGCCUGUGAUAUUGACUUAUUUCUUGUGCAAACCGAUGGGAAGAAAAUAGUUGAUCCUAGAAAGCAGAAAGCAUUGUCCUCUCGUUUGGAGAUGGAACUAGUGCGCCCUCUACGAGUAGCCACUGUUAGCCGUGGUCCUGAUACUGAGCUGCUGGUGGCGAAUCCUGUGGAGUUAUCUGGCAAGGGCCGGCCUCUUGUUUUUCAUGACAUCACUCUUGCUCUGAAGAUGCUUAACACAUGCAUUUUCUCGGCCGAGAUUAGAAGGCGCAUGAUUGGAGAUCGGGAAUUCGAAGUGUACAGAGUCUUACUUGAUGAAGGGGAAGGCUUGGCUGUACCAAGAAGCAAAAUUGAGAAACAAGUUUGGAAGAUGUUAAUGGGUUGGGAGCAAUGAACAAUUCUGGAUAUCCUUCCAUGCAUGGUGAUGGUCUAUUGUGCAGUGUACUUCCCCUGCUAAUGACUUUUAUGCACUGUAAAUCAUGGGCUAUAUCUCAUUGAAAGUUUAUGUUGUUGCACAUCAAUAUUUGCAGCUCCUGUAACGCUAACUAAACGACAUGAACUAGUUGGCAGGAGAUAGGAAGAGUGAAGGUGACAUGGUAUUAUACGCUUGCUUGAAAUUGUCGCAGACAAAAAUAUGGAGCCAUGCCAUUACCAAUUUGGCAUGCAUGAAGCGUUUCUGAUGGUGGAUGCUUGCUGUAACUCGGAUUCCUCCUUCACAGCUUGCUCAGUUCAAAACCAUUACCAGUACUCUUUUAGAGUCCCCUCUGUACAUAAACUGUAUGUAGAACAUGUAGUUUUGAAGUCUGUUGUGCCAAUAGAAGGAGCAGUACAGAAUCUCUCCAUGUCAAACUAAUAACAUAUCAGUUGCACAGCACAUUCUUGUAUAUUAAUCUCCUAUGUAUUGCUGCUUCCUCUUCCAUUGGCCAAUGUGUGCACAAGCUCUUUUAGCA